AUGAUCUUCUCCGACUUCUACAAGAGCCCGCGCUCUCCACUAUCCAAGCUGCGCCAUCACCACAACCAGGGCUCGGCUCAUCUACCCACCGCGGCCCCAGACUGGGUCGCCACCGAAUAUGCAGACCUCUUGAGCAAGGACAAGGCGAAGCAGAAGGAAGCUGUCAAGCGUUACCUGUCAGACAAGAUCAGGAGCGACUGGGAAUUCCAAUGGCCACCGCAGCCUCAUGAGACGGUAGCCCAAGGCGAAGCAGGACAGACAGUGCGAGGCCCCGGUCAGGGUGAAGACGAGACACAACCUGCGCCCCUGCAAGUUCAAGACGAGACUCGCGACGACGACGGGUACCAAGUGGACGAGGGCUCGGAACUGGAACAGCCACCUUCCGAAGAGGACGAGGGGGGCGACCAAGAAGACGAUGCUCAAUCUGUCUACAGCGUUGUUUCAGAGGAUGACGUACAUUAUCGUCCUCGGGUCGAGUCGACGUCCGACGUAACCGACGACGACGCAUCUGCGGCAUCCUCACCAGGCCCGCUCCAUGGCGUUGAAGCCAUGCGUUCGAUCAUCCGGAAACGUACUCUGGACAGACGUGCUCGGCACAGGAGGACGUUGCGAGACGAAAUGGCCUGGAACGACGGGCUGGCGUGCUUUGAGGCGCGGCGCAAUGCCUGGACUGGCGCCAAGACUGUCCGCGUCCGCAGCAAGCCUCCCUCACCUGCUCUGGCAUCUCCGCGAUCGCCUCGACGUUUCUUCUUUCGCCAUUCCAUGUCAGGAUCACCGCCUGCCUCGAUACCGAGUACCAUGGCUCAGACCGCCGACGCCGCGGGCGCCGCCUCUGACGCCUCGUCGCUCGCCAAGGACAACGACAAGGAAUUGAAGACGCAAAAUACACAAGACUCUGCUGUCUCGGACCCGCCGCUCCCAGAGUCGUACCCCGUGGAGACGCUGGUGCCAGUGGGACAGCCGCUCUUGCCACCAAACAACUCGCUGCGCGCGUCCAUUACCCCUGCCGUCUACGUUAGCCUCUACGAUAAAGUGGUGAUUAAUAAUCUUCAGCCUGCGUGCCCCGUCAACCUGUCCGACAUGCUACGUUCUUGCAUAGCGGGCUGGAAACGAGAUGGCGAAUGGCCUCCCCGGGCAGCCGUGGUGGACUCUACCCUGACUAUUCGUAGGCAUAAGAAGGCGGCGGCCACGGGUAGUGAGUACGGCGGUAACGUCGCCCGGCGAAUGAGCUUGGGGCUCCUCGGGCGCGAAAAGGACGACGAAUACCGAACGGGAAAAGGGAUCCGACGAAGCCUUCAGCGGGCUCUGGGGAUAGGCCUCGCCCCGGGCAGCCCCGACGGGGGUGACGGUGAAAGGGCAAAGGAGGUGUGA